CUGUCCUUCAUCUGUCGUCGCUUGUCUGCUCGCACGGCUCAUCAGCCUGCGCCGCUUCUCAGCCUCGACACCGCCGACUCUAGAUGUCGAGACCUCUUACACUCCCAUCCGACCUCGCCAUCGCCUGCUCUCUUGCCAUUCCCGUUGCUUGGGCCUAGUCCUCGUCGUUUCUUGUCUUCUUCUGAGGCCAGGCGGCCUCGGCUUUUUGCGAUUUCUGGGCCCCUCCAGUUCGGCGCCAGUCCAGCGCCAGAUAAUCGCAGGACGCCGAAUACACCUGCUCAAGGAGCAUUGGCCUCUAUCCCCAGUCAUUCGUUUCAUCAUAUUCACUUUGGAUCCCAACCAUGCUGCUACCAGUGUCCGCGCCAGGCCGGCGGGCGCAUGCCUGCGCCGGCACCUGCCUGGUUUUGAGACAUCUUACAGCUCGUCAGUCCGGGUCCUCAUCAGGUCAGCCGGGAACUGUAGUGAUCAUAAUCAUUGUUGGUGUUGUCACCUUGGUUGUCGCCUUGAUUGUGUUCUUUGUCGUUCGGAGAGACCGACGCUCGUCCAAGCAGGGAUCCUACCACAGGACUGCGGGAGAAGAGGGCCAUCUGGCUCCCGGGGGUUCUGCAUCGAACACACGAGGACAGCAAGGCAGACCUGGCGACGCGACUACCCCGACGGUUGACCGCACGACCUCGAUUAGAUCUAUCAUGACCCUUCCCGCAUACAGGACAAGACCUAGCGACGGCGAGCGCAUUCUAGGCCGCGAAGGCGAACGAGAUGGGGUCGACAUCAUUGUGGAACACAGUACGGCAGCGGAGGAGGAGGCAUUGCGCGAGGAGGAGAUGGAAACAUUGUACCAGAUCCGCUUGACUGGGAGACGUGAACGCGAAGAGCGCGCAGCACGAAGAGAAGAGCGAGCCAGAGCACGCGCUGCUGGCGACUCGGUCGCCUUGGCCGAGAUUCGGUCGAGGCAUGCAGCGGAGCGGGAGGCAAGCGCAUUGCCCGAACUACGGCAGGUACAUGGACAGAUCAAGGAGCGCCGGCAGCGCGCAGUGUCAAGUGUCAGUUAUCAUGAUCUGGGUGUCGCACGUGCGGAUGGGUCUCGCCUCCGGGCCAACAGCUCUGAAAGCGAACGGAUCGGCCUGCUUUCUGACGCUGCGAGUAUCGGCGGGCGCUCCACAGCACCACAGCAUGCGCGUCAGCGAAGCGCAAGCUCUGUCAUCAGUUUCGACGCUGCAACAGAUAUGCCAUCUCCCGGCAUAGCCCCUUCGGGUGCCACAACACCCAGAUUGAGAUCUGGGUCCAGUGCAGACGUAGGCGAGAUGGACCUCGGGAAUACUGGUAUGCUUGGAUUGGCGCCACCCGGCUACGAUGAAGUUCAACUGAGCGACGUCGAGUCUCGGUCUCCCACACCGACAUAUCCGGAGCCGCCCCCGGACUAUCCAGGUAAUGACCAUGGCGGCAACCAAUGGCGUGGUGCCGACAAUAAUGCUGCGACGGAAGGAGACUCUGCAGCAUCUUCACGGCGGUCAUCGCGCGGCGUUGGAGGAGUUCCACAACUUCCGAGCCUGAGGAUAGGCCGGCUGCCCGAGAUCGUCAUUGAGCCAUCGACUGCUGCUCCCACGAGUGCGCGUACAUAGCCUGGCGGUAUCUUGCUCGGCAAACACUUGAGCCCGCGAGCACCGGCUACCAUUUAUCUUUCCGCUGCGCCUGGUAUCGCGCGGAUGUCUUUGGAUUCUGCUUUGAUAUAUCGCAGGGGUUUCGGGAGAUGCAUGAAUGUCUU